GCGGACUUGGGUGUUUCCUCCGAGCUGAAGUCAGGAUUCCCAGUCGAGGCUCAGUCCCGUUACGCAGGAAAUCUGUCCCUGAACGUUACACGGCCGCGGAGCGCCAUGGGAGUCGAAGGCUGCACCAAAUGCAUCAAGUACCUGCUCUUCUUCUUCAACUUCAUCUUCUGGCUCGCCGGAGGUGUGAUCCUGGGCGUGGCCCUGUGGCUGAGACAUGAGCCUCAGACCAGCAGCCUGCUGGAGCUGGAGCUGGACGGAGCCCACGCCCCCAGCACCUUCUACAUCAGCGUCCACAUCCUAAUUGCUGUCGGCGCAGUGAUGAUGGUGGUCGGCUUCCUCGGAUGCUAUGGCGCCAUCCAAGAGUCCCAGUGUCUUCUGGGAACUUUCUUCGUCUGCCUGGUCAUCCUGUUUGCCUGCGAGGUUGCAGCUGGAAUCUGGGGCUUUAUGCACAAAGACACUGUGUCGACGGAGAUGAUCAACUUCUACGACACGGUGUAUGAAAAGGCCGUGGCAGAAAGCCUCACCGCCCAGCAGAAACAGGGGCCGACCGCCGCCGGCGUGCUCAAGGUCUUCCACGAGACGCUGAGCUGCUGCGGUAAAGGCGUGGGGACGUCCUUCAUGACGCAAAUCACCGACAGAAUCGGCAUCACUGACAUCUGCCCCAGCGCCGCCACCGCAGUUAAUUGCCACAACAGGAUUAAUGAGCUGUUCACAGAUAAGAUCUACCUGAUUGGUAUCGCCGCCCUGGUGGUUGCAGUUAUUAUGAUCUUCGAGAUGAUCUUCAGCAUGGUGCUGUGCUGUGGCAUCCGCAACAGCCCGGUGUACUGAAGCGACGGGCCGACUGCCGCUGAAGGAGGGGCGGCCGCGCGUUUCCCCCCUCGCUCGUUUUUCUUUUAUAAUAAGCAGGAAAAGUCACACAUAUUGCUUUGACAAGACAACGUAGACCACCCUCCAUUGAGUCUUUCUUUUGUUAGUCCCACAUGCUGUUAUGCAUAUCUGACCUGUGUGGUCCUAACCCUGAUAUGUAGAUAUUAUAUCGCGCUGUCACACAAUCCUUUAGUGGCCCUGCACCGCUUUGACUGCUUCCUCGCCCAUGAACAUGUUCUUAUAUUCCUGGUUUUAACGGAUGUUUCUUUCAGUUUUAUGUAUAAACUGUAUAUAAAUAUAUAGUAAGUGCUUUAUAACUGCCAAAGCAUGGAAAUUGCAUUGCAGUA